AUGCCAAGUGCCGAUGAUGUAUUCCGGCAGUUCAAUAUUGAAUUAGACGCAGGUCAUGAACCAAUUUUUCAUGGUGAUGAAUUAAUAACCGGUAAAUUACAAAUUGAAUUGAAAAGACCAAUGACAAUACAAGCUAUUAAAUUGCAAUUUAAAGGACGUGCUGCAUGUGUUAAAAGAGAUUCAUCGAAAGGAGGUGAAAUUGAAAAGGUGUAUUUUGAUAGAGAUUUCACAUUACUGGAAAGGCCACCUGGUCGGCCAGAACCAGGGCACUUCCCAUGGAUUGCUAAUUAUUUAUACUGUUUACCAUUUGAAUGCCCAUUACCUCUUGGUUGUCCAACUUCAUAUGAAAGUCCGCAUGGAUUUAUUCGUUAUUUCAUUCGAGCAACUGUUGUUGAAGAAGCUGGAACUGAUUCGCGUGAAUAUAUUGCAAAAAAACCAAUCUCGGUGAUUGCACCGGUGGAAUCAUUUGUGGAAUUGGCUAUACAACCAAUUGGUGCUUCAGAAACGGUGUCAUUUGGUGGUUGUUGUUGUCGUGGUAAGCUAAUUGCUGAGGUACGCUUACCAAAAUCUGCUUAUGCACCAGGUGAAACAGUUAUUGGUUCUAUUAAAAUUGACAAUCGACAUCCAAGACAUAUCGUUGAUCAGAUGGAACUUCGUCUUAUUGAUCGAGUUCACUGCAUUGAUUCCAAUAAUAAUAAUACAUUACCUAAUCGAACACUGAUCAUACGUCGGCUUGAGAAACAUGAUGCUGUUAAGUCGAAAAGUCUAUUAGAAAAAGAUGAAGUGUUUUUCUUACAAAUUCCUGCUUUAGCACCAACUAUAGGAGCAAAAUUUUAUAAAUCAACUGUUACUAAUAAUAGUGAUGCUACUGAUAUUUCAAUCACACGAGAUCAAUCAGUACCCGAUUCCACUGCUCUUUUAGUCAAAUUUCAAGAAUCUCCAAGUAGUGCAACUUUGAGAUUUCGAAAGAAGCCCUUUUUACGGGUUGAAUAUGCCAUACAAUUAUCACUUGGUGAUUAUUUAUUGCUGGAAUUACCAAUAACAAUUUUACCAUUACCAUGUCGUGGUAGCAAUAUCAUUUAUCAACCGUUUGUGGGUGGUGCACAACCAAUACCAGAAAGUGAUGAGUCAGGAAAAUUCAUUUAUGGUGAUGGCUUCAUGUUUACACCUCAAUAUAGUGUCCUGGUUCCAUCUAUCAACAAUUAUUCAUCCAAAGAUGGUGUUAUUACAAAUUCGGGUACAACAACAGUAGCAACAACAAUAACAGAUGUUAUACAAACAAACGGUAACACCGAAAAUGGUAUCAAGAGAUAA